CCAGAGACGGCUCCUGCUGUAAAACUGAUGGAGAAGUUGGCCUGAGGCGUCUGGUACCGCUCGCACAGCUUGGACUUCACCAGCUCGUAGUUAAACCAGUACAGAGCUGCAGGAACACACAAACACAACAAGAUGCAGAUCUGGGUUGUGAUCUGUGGGGCCCUUCUGCUCCUGGUCGGUGCUGACGAGUGUCCAGAUGCAGGACGAUGUCCGAAGGGUCAAACCUGCUGCAGCGGCCCAGCUGACGGCUACGAAUGCUGCCUGUUUCAUCAGGCUGAAUGUUGCGAGGACCAUGUCCACUGCUGUCCAGCAGGGACACUCUGUCAUGCAGAUGCGUCCAGCUGCGUGAACAACUCUGUGUCCAUCCCGUGGGCGGAAAGGACCUCUGCGGAUCAGCCACGAGUCUCUAAAUCCUUCAGGAUGAUCAAGUCCUACGAGGGUGAGGACGAGGAUAACGUGUGUCCUGAUCAGUCUCGGUGCCUCGCCGAGUUCUCCUGCAUGAAGGCUUUGAAGGGGUUUGGCUGCUGUCCUUUAGCAAAGGGAGUCUCCUGCUCUGAUGGCAAACACUGCUGUCCUGAGGACCACCAGUGCAGCUUCGACGGCCGCUCCUGCAUCAAAAAAGAAAUCGUGACUACGGUUUUGUGCAAUGACGGCGUGUCCGAGUGCCCGAACGGCGCGACCUGCUGUGAAAGUUCAGAAGGCACAUGGGGAUGCUGCCCCAUCCCAAAGGCCGUGUGCUGCGUUGAUAAGCUCCACUGCUGCUCCGAGGGGACAACGUGUGACGUCAAACACAUGAAGUGCAUUUCUGCAUCUGAAGGAGACUCGCCGAUGUGGGACAAGUUCCCCGCCAGGCUGAGAGCAGACUGGGAGAACCAGAGAGAUGGUAAAAAAGUUAUUUCUAAGGAAGCUGAAACAGAAAAAACCCCUGACGUCACAACAGCUGGUCCAGUUCCUACUUUGGAGACAGAAGUGUCCCUCAGGGCAGACACAGAAUCGACAUCCACGGCCCAGGAGAUCCCCACCUUUACCUCUGAAACACCCACACCAGAGGAGACUACAACCCUAAACCAAGAGACAACCUCGAUGACGACAGCUGAGGAAGAGUUCUCAACACAACAGACAACAGAGGAGGAGGACUACGAUGAUGGAGACGAGAACAGGAUUCAGUGUGAUGACCACACCAGCUGCCCUCAGGACACAACCUGCUGCUUCAUGGCUUCUUGUAAAAAAUGGGGCUGCUGUCCGCUGCCGAAGGCGGUGUGCUGUGCCCGCGGGUCCCACUGCUGUCCCGAGGGCUACAGGUGCGAGGAGAGCAAGACCUCGUGUGUUAAAGACGAGACGGAGAUCCCGUGGUACACGAAGAUUCCAGCCACCACCAGCGUCCGGGCCGAUCCCGGCUUGGUGAUGUGCGAUGCUGAGAACAAGUGUCCUGAACACACUUCCUGCUGCAGGCUGUUCACGGGAGAGUGGGGCUGCUGCCCGCUGCAGAAUGCCGUUUGCUGUCCAGACAUGGAGCACUGCUGCCCUCAGGGCUACGCCUGUGACAUCGUGUCCAGGUCCUGUCAGAAGACCAUCAUCCUGCAGCUGGAGACCAUCCCCCUGACUCCCAUCUACCUGCCCGAGUACCGCCUCCAGCUCGCUCCGUUAAAGGACAGGGACAUCUUGUGCGACGACCAGAGCAAGUGCAAAUACAACGAGACCUGCUGCAGGACGUCCCCCACUACCUGGGGCUGCUGUCCGUCUCCCAACGCGGUGUGCUGCAGUGACAUGAAGCGCUGCUGUCCCUCUAACUACAGCUGCUCCGAUGGAGGCGCCUGCGUCCGGAACACCGGGCCCAGCUGGAACACCUGGAACUUUUUCCUCAACUACAAUAAGAGAGCUCUAAAUCUGUGAAAACAGUCUGUGUUGUUUGUUCUUCCUGGAUGCAUAAAUUAAACAUAAGUGGGUGUUUUAAAAUCACUUAUUUUUCUUUUAGAAACUGUGGUGUAUGAUGAGGGACACACUGUAAACUGAAUUAUGUUAUAACCUAUGUGGACAUAAGACAUCAUCACUAUCGGAUACGGGUGAAAAUGAGGCUAAAUUGUGAAAAAUAUUUGAUAGAUUUAUUUUAUUAUUAUUUAUUUCUUGAAACUUUCUUAUUUCACCGCAAUUUAUUUAAUUUAACUUAUUUAUAAAACAUCAAGACAAAUUUUCAGUUUGUAAUUAUCUGUUUGGGCCAUGACGUUUAAUGGAUAACUGUUUGUUGAUCGUUUAUAAUAAUGAUAAUAAUGUAAAGUUUUCCUGAUGCCAUCCAGUUUGGGACAACAUACAGAAAUGUCCUGCUCGGUUUUUCAUGAUUUGUGUGAUCUCCCUGUUUUCAUCCAUUCAUCCCUGUUUUCCAUUAAACAAAUAAAGAAAAAACAACAAACAUUGUUA